UGCAAUUCAGAGACAACAGUUGGAGAACAUGACUGAGGAGAUGCCCACAUUGCAUGGAACAGAGAGGAGGAGAGCCUCCAGCAAACCUAAAUACUUGGAGGACUAUCUGAAUGGCCUUCUAGAAAAUGCUUUCUGUAAAAACUAUCACGGUAUGUUGGAGUUUCUCGCUGUCAGCCAACUGUCCUUUGUCAAAGAUCUUGGGCUUAAAGGACUGGAGGGCUUAAUUCAGAAAAGGUCAGGAGGUCACCGGAUCCAGGGCCUGAACUGCAUCGGUCAUCACCAAGUUUGUGUCCGUUGGUCACGCCGCUGGCUGGUGGUCAAGGACUCCUUCCUCCUCUACAUGAAACGUGACUCGGGGGUCAUCUCUUUCGUACUCCUGUUCGACCCGGAGCUGAGGGUCAACGUGGGCCGCGCCUAUACGGAAACCCAGCAUGGCGUGUGCAUCGAGACCUUCACCCGGAAGCUGGUCAUUAAGUGCAACACAUACAGACAGGCCCAGUGGUGGAGCCACGAGAUCAAACGCCUGUCAGAGGCCAGUGACUUCCUGCAGCUGCACCGCUUCCAGAGCUUUGCCCCGCCCCGCCCCAACACCCUCACCAAGUGGUAUGUCAAUGGGAGCCACUACUUUUCCGAUGUAGCAGAUGCUCUCGAACAGGCGAAGGAGGAGAUCUUCAUUACUGACUGGUGGCUCAGUCCAGAGGUCUUCCUGAAGCGGCCUGCCACUGGUGACUACUGGCGCCUGGACACUAUCCUCAAACGCAAAGCAGAGCAAGGGGUGAAAGUGUGUGUGCUGCUGUACAAAGAGGUGGAACUGGCCUUGGCUAUCAACAGUGGCUACAGCAAGAGAACUCUGAUGAGCUUGCAUCCAAACAUCAAGGUGAUGAGGCAUCCAGACCACGUGGCAUCCGUGGUGUUCCUGUGGGCUCAUCAUGAGAAGAUGGUGGCCAUCGACCAAUCAGUCGCCUUCAUGGGUGGGCUUGACCUCUGCUUCGGGAGAUGGGACGACAGGUGCUAUAGGCUGACAGAUCUGCACUCUCCACCGGUAGCCUAUGACACAACAGAUGGUGGAGCAGAGACGGAUGCGGAUGGGACUGACGAGUCUGCCGCCCCUCUCGCAGAAGAGUCCGAGCCGGUACCCGAAGGGGAGCUUAACCUGAAAAACAACACACGCUAUUGGCUUGGCAAAGACUACAGCAAUUUCUACAAGAAGGAUUGGACCCAGCUGGACUGCCCUUUUGAUGACCAUAUCGAUCGGAGCCAGGUUCCCCGGGUCCCUUGGCGUGACCUGGCCGCAGCACAUCACGGAAAGGCUGCCCGAGACCUGGCACGCCACUUCAUUCAGCGCUGGAACUUCACAAAGAUAUUUAAUAAGCAUAACGAUGACUUCUACCCUUACCUGCUGCCAAAGUCCCACAUCACUGCAGAGAGUCUGCCUUUUACAGUGCCCGGAUCAGGCAACGCCUCAGUGCAGGUGCUACGCUCGGUAGACCGCUGGUCAGUUGGUACCUGUGAGUGCUCGAUCAUGAAUGCAUACGUGGACACCAUCAAGAACAGCCAGCACUACAUCUACAUCGAGAAUCAGUUCUUCAUCAGCUGUGCGGACAGGAAGAGUGUACAUAAUGGCAUAGGUGAUGCCAUUGUUGAGAGGAUUCUUCGUGCACACAAAGAGCAGAAGAAGUAUCGGGUGUUUGUGGUGGUGCCCAUCCUACCGGGUUUUGAAGGAGACAUUACCCAGGGCGGAGGCAACUCUAUCCAGACCAUACUGCAUUUUACAUACAGGACUAUGAAUCGUGGAGAAUGUUCCAUUCUGCACAGGCUGAAAGAACAAAUGCAGAAGGGGGAGUGGACAGAGUACAUCUCCCUGUGUGGCCUGCGCAAGCAUGACAUGCUGUGCCAGUCUCCAGUCACUGAGCUCGUCUAUGUCCACAGCAAGGCCCUGAUCGCUGAUGACCGCCGCUACAUUAUCGGGUCGGCCAACAUCAACGACAGGAGCAUGCUGGGUAGUCGUGACAGUGAGCUGGCCAUCCUGGUGGAGGAUGAGGAGCGCGUGCCUUCUGUCAUGAACGGAGAGGAGUACGAGGCUGGCCCUCUGACCCUGGCCCUGCGCAAAGAGUGCUUCAGGGUUCUCCUGGGGGCGGAGUCUGAUCCCUCCGUCGUCAUCGAUGACCCAGUCAGCGAUGAGUUCUUCUAUGCAAUGUGGAACAGUAUUGCCAGAGAAAAUGCUGCCAUCUUUGAGAAGGUUUUCCGCUGCCUGCCCUCGGACUCCAUCCGCAGCAUGGCGGCCCUCUCGGCGCACGUCACCACGGGGGGCAUGAUCGAGACGGACCCCGAGGCGGCCGCUGAGGAGCUGAAGGCCAUCCGCGGCAUACUCGUCCACUUCCCCUUGCACUUCCUGUGCGACGAGUACCUGCUCCCCCCACUCAACAGCAAAGAGGGCAUCGUGCCUGUGGAAGUGUGGACAUAGCGGGGGAGAGCGGAGCGGAGCAAUGAGGGGCCAGCUGACGUCAGGGCCACUAGUGCAAGCAAGAGCCGAUAGUCCCCCAAACCAACCCAGUGGCAAAAAAAAAAAACAGGUUUCCUGCUUAUCACUGGGACCAGCAUAAGAUAAUAAGACUAAUAUGUUUGUACAUGGUAUCAGAUAAAUUCGGUUAAGGAAGCAUUAGCUUUGUUAAUCCAUGGAAGAACAACUCAUGUGCAUGACUAAAAAUAGAAUAACACAUACAUAGGAUUAGAAAUUGUCAAAUAUGUUUUUUUUAAAUGCAAAAGUGUUAUUGCUUCACCAUUUGUGCUUUAACCUUGUGGGGAGUCUUUAUAGUCUUCCUAACAUUUUUUUAUAGAUACAUAUUCAGAAGAUAUUUUUCAUCAGAAACUAAUAUUUUUGGUCAACAAAUCAGUUUUGACAGUUUUCGUAUCGUCAACAUUUUUGGGUCCAAAACAUUCUAACAAAAGAUCCUGUUCCGCAACAAUGUAAGAUUCUAAAUUCCAUGUUGAAUUCAAUGAACCCAGAUAUUCUUUAGAACGUUAAUUUUCAAACAUUCCCGCCACACCGGUGUGACUGUACAUGCUGAAGUGUCCACCUAUGAAGUCAGGAUUUCUGAGCACUUCCUGGAAAGCUUCUUCUAUGCAGACAACUCAAGGAAUCCUUUUUUUUUUUUCUAUCUUCUGUUUCUGUUUACUGUGCAUCUCUCCACUACAAUCAUGUUUGCAGAUGUCGUGCGAUUAUCUGUAAUCCAUUUAUUCCCCAGAUAUGGCAUUUGGGUGAUGGAUCGUACCACAGGCGAUGGAGCACAUGGACACUUCUUAGGCAUCUUUGAUGUUGGCCUUGUUGAUGAUUGUGACAGUCCUCACCACUAGAAAGCCUUGUGUUGAAACAUUUGGAUUUCACCGAGUUUGCACAUGUAUAUGUAUAUUACAUAUUUUUACUGAGUUACAUUUUAACUAACGAGUUAUAGAGAUGUAUUUAGAGUUAAAGAUAGUUAUAGAGAUGUAUUUUAAUGUUCAAACCACUCUGAAUCUGAUGCAGAUUUUGUCUACAGGUCAGAAAUUAGGAUGCACUUUUACUUUAUAAAGAUGUCACCUUUCUCUCUCUCUCCUCUAUGAACAGUUUAAAAUGGCUGCCAGUGAGUUGCAUAUCUGUGACUGUUUACAGCACAUCCAUAGCACAUCAGAUGUAUGGAAAUCCAGUUUGGAGAUCAGAAGUUGAGUGUCUCUGAUGAUUGUGGAACGGAACGUACAUUUAUUGUUGCCUGAGUGUGGGCGGCUAGCCUCUCUCAAUCUCUCUUUAAUGCUUCUCUCUCUCUCUCUCUCUCUCUCUCUCUCUGCCUCUCGAGCAGUACACCUCUCCAUGCAGUGCCAACGAAUCUGUCUGAACAUUUGUGGUUGUUAUGGUGACUGGUAUAAAGAGCUGACUGGAUGGUGGCUGUUGAGUCAGAGAGACAGGGAGAGUGAACGAGAUAGAGAGGGGCGAUAGAGCAGGAAUGCAGUAGGGGUAAAACAGAUGAACACAGGGCCUUUGCAGAUGAGGGGGCAACCAAAUUACAGUGGGUGUAGAAGAAGGGCAGGAAGGGGAAAUGAGAGGCAUGAAAAUGAGACCAUGUGGAUACUAUUCAUUCUUUCUUUUUUUGAGAGAGAGAGUGCACAGGAGAGGUUGAGAUUGGGGUGGAUUGGGGGCCGUUUUAGGAAUGGGGUCAAUGCAAAUUGCAGAGAUGAGAGGUGUGCAUCCUGUUAACUGGAGGUAAUCAGUCGGCUUAGCAUACGUUAAUCAUAGUGUCUCUUGCUAUCACCAUGGCAACCAAGUGAUUUAUUGUUAUGUAAUCAUGUUGUCAGUGGUUUAGAUUCCAUGAUGGGAGAGGGGGAGCCUCUAUUAUAUAGGUAGGCUAUGGUUAUAAUCAUAUGGUGGACAGAAGUGCAUAAACUUGGUUACUAAUACACCCCUGCUGCCAUGACAACAUGCAACCAUGAUGUAUGCAGCAACUUAUUCUUGUGAUGAAUUGUGUCAGUCACAUUCAAUCCAUUCUGAAAAUGCCAUCAGGGUUGCUUCAUUGUUAUCUUCAUAUCCUUGUGAAACACCUGAUACUGGGCAGCUACACUACAAUGCAGUCCUGUCACAUUCCAAUCAGAAGACUACGUAGCCUACAAUUGCAGAUGCAGUCACAUGCAAUAGUUUUAUAGGCCUACUUCUGAAAUGUUAAAAGUACUUGUCUAAAUAGCAAUUAGUCAUUUUAAAACUUUAAACGUGUCUGUAUUAACAUUAACAUGUCACACGAGUUGUGGAACAUUACAGCAGCCUGUCAUUAAUGAAAAUAGCAUGCACAGAUUUUUAUCUGUUUUGCUCAUUUUGUCUGUUUUUGUGCCAUCGCUACUUUUUGUCCACUCCUUUUUUUAAGUUUAUUUCUCUGUUACACUAAACAAUGGUAUUGCAUAUCAUGUCUUACUAACUCCAAUUAAAACAUUUGAAUUGGCUUUACAUUA